UCCCCAAUUCUCAUAUAUUUCAACCCAUAAUUCUAUUUUUCAAAUCUCUAAAUCUUUCAAUUCUCUUCUGUCCAACCCGAUCACAGUAACCCGGAAUCCAAUUCAUCUGUUUUCUAUCAUCAAUUCAAGGGAGUUUUGAGGGUAACGUAUUCUUAAACGAACAUAUAAUGGUUAAUGCAAGUAUUGAGCUGAAAAGGACUCGGUCUUGAAGUUGAGACCUUUGCCGGUUCUAUUUCCAGUUUUCCACCAAUUGCGGAAAAUUAAAGUUGUUGUUCAGUUCACCAAUCAAGAAGAUGAAGAAAGCUUGACCAUUUUCGAUAAUGUUGGGCUUGGGCCUGCAACCACUUCAUGAAGCUCGCUUUCUCCGCAUGGAUACAGAAUGGCCCAAGCCCUACCAACACAGUUCACCUGGCCUGCAAUCACUUCCUGAAGCUCGCUUUCUCCGCAUGGAUCCAAAAAUGGCCCAAGCCCUACCAACACAGCUUCGCUGAUCGUUACAUUCUUAUUCCGCGCCAAAACCAAACCAAAAAUAACGACCACCAAUUAUCCAUUGUGUGGCAAAUAUAUUUUCAAAAACAAAAAGAAUUCAUUAAUUGUGGCAACGAAAGCACACAAAAUCCACAUCCCCUCAGAAACAAUGCAAAAGAGAGACGCUUCCCGAAGCUGAUCGUUGUCGUGGUGCGCCAUGUGGCAGCUAACCAAUCUUGAUUGUGUGGACGUUACGAAUUCAAGCCAAUCCUCAGAAAAUCAACCAAUUUCCCGAUCACCCAUACUGCCACUAUAAAGCUCCAUACUUUCUCCACCCUCAUCACUUGUUGUUCUUCACCUCACUCUCCAACUAAUUCGCGCAAUUCCAACUCAUGGCUGCCGCCGCCGCCAUCUCCACCAUCGCCGCGGUCAACCGGGUUCCGUUGGCUCUGAACGGGUCGGGAGCCGGUCCAUCGGUGCCGACCUCGGCGUUCUUCGGGACGAGCUUGAAGAAAUUGGGGGGAGGAGUGAAGUUGUUCCCCAAGUCCGGGUUCAAGGUUGUCGCGGAGGCCGCCCCUGAAGACGUGGACGAGGAGAAGCAGACGGAAGGGGACCGAUGGGGACACCUGGUGACCGACAUGUCCGACGACCAGCAGGACAUCACCAGAGGGAAAGGUAUGGUCGACAGUUUGUUCCAGGCGCCGCAGAUGGCCGGAACUCACUACGCCGUCAUGAGCUCCUACGACUACAUCAGCAAAGGCCUCCGAACAUACGAUUUUGACAACACCAUGGGUGGUUUCUACAUUGCUCCUGCUUUCAUGGACAAAAUCGUCGUUCACAUCACCAAGAACUUCUUGAACCUUCCUAACAUUAAGGUUCCACUGAUCUUGGGUGUCUGGGGAGGCAAAGGUCAAGGAAAAUCCUUCCAAGCGGAGCUCGUCUUCGCCAAGAUGGGAAUCAACCCAAUCAUGAUGAGCGCCGGAGAGUUGGAAAGCGGCAACGCCGGAGAGCCGGCGAAGCUGAUCAGGCAGAGGUAUCGUGAGGCUGCUGACAUCAUCAAGAAGGGAAAAAUGUGCUGCCUCUUCAUCAACGAUCUCGACGCCGGCGCCGGUCGUAUGGGCGGGACGACGCAGUACACCGUCAACAACCAGAUGGUGAACGCCACCCUCAUGAACAUCGCCGACGCGCCCACCAACGUCCAGCUCCCCGGAAUGUACAACAAGGAAGAGAACGCCCGAGUUCCGAUCAUCGUCACCGGAAACGAUUUCUCCACCCUCUACGCCCCUCUUAUCCGUGACGGGCGUAUGGAGAAGUUCUACUGGGCUCCGACCAGGGAGGACCGAAUCGGAGUAUGCACCGGUAUCUUCAGGACGGACAAUGUCCCCAAUGACGACAUCGUCAAGCUCGUCGACUCCUUCCCCGGACAAUCAAUCGAUUUCUUCGGGGCGCUGAGGGCUAGGGUUUACGACGACGAGGUGAGGAAGUGGAUCUCCAGUGUCGGAGUGGAGACGAUCGGGAAGAAGCUGGUGAACUCCAAGGACCCUCCCCCGACGUUCGAGCAACCUAAGAUGACAUUGCAGAAGCUGAUGGAGUAUGGGAACAUGCUUGUGGCAGAGCAAGAGAAUGUGAAGAGGGUGCAGUUGGCUGACCAGUACUUGAACGAGGCUGCUCUUGGUGAUGCUAACAAGGAUGCCAUGGAGAGUGGAACUUUCUACGGGCAAGGAGCUCAACAGGGCAAUCUGCCAGUUCCUGAAGGCUGUACUGAUCCAAAUGCGGGUAACUUUGAUCCAACUGCAAGGAGUGAUGAUGGAAGCUGCCUUUACCAGUUCUAAAUUUGUGAAUUUCUAGGGUCUUUCUUCUGGUUUGCUGAGUGGAUUUGCAGAGAAUCAAGGGUUGUGUAAUAUCCCUUAAUAUGGAAGGGUUUUUUUUUAUUUGACGAUGUUCAAGAAAACAAAUAUUAAUGUUGUUGAUGGUCUCUCUGUCUUCAAUGGUUUCCCUUUCUUUCGUCUUGGGAAUAAUGGAUUGUUUUGCCCAUCAUAUACCUCCUCUAAAGAAUCUUAAAGAUCACCAUAUAUACUUGCUCAUCAUGAUCUAGACAGGAGUGAUGGUCUCGAGCUCGUCCUUCGUCAUCAUGGCUCGAGGCCCACGUUCGAGAGUUUGCUGCAGGAAUCAUCCCCUGUGGUAAAUGAAUUGAUUUAUUACGA